UCAGAAUGUGGAGUUUGAAAAGGAAUCUGUUGGUGAAAGAAAGUCAUCAAUGAAAGACAAGCCUGUUCAAUUUUUGAUCCAGCAGUUAAAUCAGAUGAAAUCUGAGAAUAAGAAGCUAAAAGAAUUACAAAAUAUUGUAUAUGGAAAUUACAAUGAUUUGAUGCAAAAGUACUCCGGAGAUGAACUCAUGAAAACAAGAAAGAGAAAGGCCCCUUAUACUGAAAAUUAUGACAAUUUUGUUGAGAAAAAUGGAAACAGUACUUGUAGCUGCUGUGUUGAAGGGUCAAAUGGGACACCAAACGAAAUUUUUUCGAAUGUUUCAAAGGUUUAUGUACGCAUGGAUCCAUCUGAUAUGAGCCCAGUUGUAAAGGAUGGAUAUCACUGGAGAAAGUAUGGACAAAAGGUGACUAGAGACAAUCCAUCUCCUAGAGCCUACUAUAAGUGCUCUUUUGCCCCAACUUGCCCAGUCAAGAAGAAGGUGAGUUCAUUUCAUGGAUUUCGAAUUCUAUCGUGUACUUGAUCGUAUGAACUAAUAAAUCGGACGAGACACUAGGCCCCUUUUUGACAACCAUUAAUUGGGGAAAACAAAGUUUUGAAUAGUAUUUUUUAGGAGAAUGUGUGGUUAAAAAAUAGCGAAAAUUUUUGAAUUUUUGUGCAGAAUAUUUUAUUGUGUGGAUGUGUGGUUGAAAAUGAGUAUGUAGAAUAAUCGUUAUUAAAUAGGGGGCUAAAAUAGAUUUUCUUAUUCAUUACAUUAUAGUUGUUUAAUCUCAUUUAGUGACCAUACCAUAUGCCCAUUAAUUGCUACGAGAACAGUGAGUGAGUUUCUGUUGUAGUUUAACACAUACACGGGACAAACUUAUUUAUUGAAGCUAUGUCAAUACGACCAUCAAGUGCAGCGAGAUUCAUUUUUCAUCCUAUGCUUAACACAUGCACAUUUUUCAAAUUCACAACAAACUUAUUUUUUCAAAUUGCAUCUUCCACGGGGAUACCGACUUGUUUGAGGAAAUAAUUUGAUUUCUUGUUGGGUAUUGUGUGUUCGUUUUCAAAUUAUAAUUGAACUAAAGCAAAUAAUAAAUCAAAGUAACACUUACUUGAAAUACAAACAAAAGUUGAUACAAAAUUAACUUUUAUUAUCUUUACUUAACCAAGCAAAUGCUAAUGAAGACACACUAGUAGAGAGACAACUGAAAAGAUAUCACAUUAGAAAAAUGUAGCUUCUGGCUUUGAACCCACCUUAGUGAAAUA